AUGAGUCCCAGUCGGAUACCUCGACCGGGAGGAAUCGGUUCACCCACAAUCGCUACCUCCCCAUUAUCUCAAUCUACCACUACCCGUCCAGCACUAGGUACUCUGGUGCAUACGAGCAAGAACCCUUUCACCCAACUCAACAAUAAGAGUCCCCAUGGAUCGCCCACACCUUCUAAUGGAUCUGGCAAUUUGAGUGUUUCUUCCAAGACCAUAGCCACCAAUAGAAGAAGGAUCAAACCCCCUUCACCUGACUUGAAUGACGAUACUUCAUUAUCAGCUGGAGUCAGACGACCAACUGCAGCAUCUAGAAUACCCAGUGGUCCAGGACCAGGACCAAACCAGAGGACGAUCAUGAGACAACCCUCUACUCCGUUGUUAGUAUCGAACCGUACUCCGACUCAACAGCCUGGAGGAAAUCGACCAAGGGCGUUGUCGUCCACUUCUGUGAAUCGUCCAAUAAUCAUUAGAGGAACUACACCUCAUGCACAACAAGGCGAACUGACCUCUUCCACAGGGGGAAUGCGAUCUCUCCCUUCGCAAAAACUAUUCGAAUCGUCUUUCUUAGAAUCUCGCGAACCCCCUGUCCCGCCUCAUAUUCGAGUCCGACUGAGACUGAUCCAUCAAUUGGGCGUUGUACUGGGUAUAGACGCGGUGGGUAUAAGUGGGAAGAUUGAUAUUCCUGGAUUAUUAGCUAGAGUGGAUCAAGCGUAUGAUAGAGAAAAGGAUAGAUCAUCCCCCACCACCGGAACAGGAGGCGGAGGGGAGAUGGUAGCGCUCAAGGGGAGUAUAGCACCUGGAGCAGGAGGGAAGGGGGUUUUGGGAAUGUUCAAGAAGUUGAGUGGAAGUGGUGGGAGGAGGAUAGAUGAAAGUGUGGCGGCAGGGUGUACGGCACCUCAAGAAGGCCCAGCAUUCGGGGUACCUCUAUCAGAAGCUCCGCCAGGAAGUUGGUGUACGUCUUUGAUCGGAGGGCAAAAACAUGAAUUACCUUUGGUGGUAUUUACGAUUGUGGAGGAAAUAUAUCGAAGAGGCAUGUCACAACCUGGUAUAUUCAGAUUAGCAGGUGAUGGUAUUCGUAUUUCCCAUUUAACCAAGGCAUUCAACUUGCCACCUUUAUAUGGCGAUUCGUUACCCAUCAACCAAGAGCCUAUACAUAAUUUGACUGGAUUGGUCAAGCGAUACGUUAGGGAUUUACCAGAACCAAUAUUGGAUGAAAGUCUCUUUCCAGCAUUUUUGGCAUUUUGCGUUGGGACCAACAAAGAUUCUGAAACUGAAGGCACAACUCCCGAGAGCGAUGAAUCACCAACUACAAAUGGUACUUCUCCAGCCAAAGAUUCAGAUGAAAGUCCCACUUCCCAUUCGAUUUCGGACGAUAUCCUUAAACUACCUUUAGAAACACGUAUAACAGCUGCUCAAAUCUUGUUAAAACUCUUACCUCCCCUUCAAUUCAGUUUGUUCAUCUACCUCUUAGCGUUCUUAGGACAACUUCCCUUGUUUCCCGAUAACAGGUUGAAUGUCGAAUCGAUUUCGAUUAUAUUCGGUCCAGCUAUGUGUGCAGCUAGAGGAAAAGGUAUUUCGGGAUUGGGUCCAACGGUAAACACCAAUACUUCGACCAAAUCCACAGGGAAGGGCAUAGGGACGUUCGAUCCGGAACAAGUGUCGGAUUUGGUAUCGAAAUCGCAGAAUGUACUUGGAUGGUUGUUGAGAAAUUGGGGUGGGAUAAGUGAGAAAGUAUUAGAGGAUGAUGAGGUCUUAUCUUCUGGUAUCAAUGCAUCUGGUACUAACACCGAAGAUACCAUAAUGGUAGGAGGUAAGGAUAAAGAGAAAGAGAAGAGAAAUAAGAAAGAUAAACAAGUUAUAGAUCCCAGAUUACUCAGUCCGAUUGAUUUGAGAGGAUCCAAUGAUGGAAUGAGAGCUAGGAAGCCGGAUGCUCCUUCUGUCAUUGCAAAAGACAGUAUCAAAGAUGAUUUGGCACGAGCUGGAGAACCGGUAUCACCCCAAUCACCAAAUAUCCAAACUCCCCAUACCCACAUCCAAUUGGGAUUAGGACUACGUAAAUCCUCUUCAACGCACACACUCAAAUCGUCUCCUUCCUCUUCUAGUGGAUUUGGUAUGAAAAGCUCGCCGUCAUCCGGUGGUAUAUUCGCUAGAGCUUUGAGUUCAAUGUCAAUAUCCAGUCUAGCUCAGGGCGGUGAUGGUGGGAUGAUUAAAGGUCCAAAGAGAAGUGCGAGUUUUACGAGUUUGAGCAGUUUGGUUAAGAAGGUUGGGAAAGACGGGGGAAAACAUGCACCCAUGCCUACGAGAUCAUUGAGUGACGAUAGAGAUAACGCUCACUCCACUGUCAACCCACAAAUCACCACAGUCUUAGGAUCCCUACACGAUCUUCUGGUAUCAAAGGACAAACAGAUUGAAAGAGAUGCAAGGGAAUUAGCCUUACUCCGACAUACUUUAUUGGAGAUGGACGAGAAGCUUCAAAAAGCCACUUUGGCUUCACCCUUACCAGGUCCAGUAGGCAUCAACGGAUGUACUUGUCCUAUCCAUCCUAAUGCUACUAUUACCCAUCGACCUGUCGAUAAAGAACCUACACCUGAAAUAACCAUCACUUCCACUCCUUCAUCGAAGACCAUCCCAGUAUCCAACUCGUACACCAAUCUGAACAAGGAAAUCAACGAUUUACAAACUCAGCUUUCUACUGCACUAGCAGGCCUUGAGACAUCCCGCUUGACCACGCGUAGACAGGCUGAAAAGAUCUUGGUAUUAGAGGCGAAGAGUUCAAGAUUCGAUAGUGAGCGGAAGAUGGAAAUUGGCAAACUUCAAGUUGCCCUUGCACUAGAACAGGCUAGAUCGGUGGGGUUGAUUGAAGAGAGGGAUUUGGCGAGAGAGAGAUUGGAGAAGGUUAAAACUACUUUGUUUAGCGUUGCUUAA